AAGAGUCCAGACUCCAAAGGUCUCUACCUCUUCACUUCACAGACCCUUCCGCCAUGAGACUGUAUCUGCUCCUCUCUACGCUACUCUUCCUCUUGGGCCUCUUACCCCGAGUUAGAAGUGGUUUAGGAGCAGCCGAGACGCACUGUGUCAACCUUCAGGGCAUUUGCAGAAGAGACAUUUGUAAACUGAUAGAAGACGAAAUUGGCGCGUGCCGGAGAAGAUGGAAAUGCUGCAGGCUGUGGUGGGUUCUCCUGCCCAUUCCAACCCCAGUUAUCUUCUCAGACUAUCAAGAGCCCCUCCAGACUAAGAUGAAGUAACACGAGAAGGACACAGUGUCACACCGAACAUCUCCAGCUCUUUAACCAGGUUCUAUUCAGCUUGCCAAUAAACAAAUAUUGAUUCCAAA